CAACCCUGAAGCUCCGCGACCCAGCCGACCGCCGACCGAACCCGCCAGCCUCGGGAGAAAUGUGACAAUGGCGCUCUCGUGGAAGUCGUUUGACUUCUUUGACGUGCAGCAGGUCCAGCUCCGCGACGACGAAACCCGCGCCUUUUUCGAGAGCAACUCCAUCGCCAGCGUCUGCUCCGGCUCCGACAGCCUGUUCCUCGGCAGCGACGACGGAUACGUGCACAUCAUCGGCCCCAGCUGGAAGAUCGUGCGCAGCUUCCAGGCCUACGAUGGCGGCGCCCGCAUCACCCACAUGCGCCAGGUCGAGGGCACCAGCAUGCUAGUCACCAUCGCUGAGGACCUCAGCAGCGAGCCCGUGCUCAAGGUGUGGGCGCUCGACAAGCCCGUCAAGAAGACGGGCCUGCCCACCUGCCUGAGCACCGUCCAGAUCGGCAACGCGAAGCGCCAGUUCCCCAUCUCGGCCUUUGCCGCCACCGACGACCUGUCCCAGCUGGCAGUCGGCUUCGCCAACGGCUCCGUCGCCGUCAUCCGCGGCGAUCUCGUCUACGACAAGGGCACCCGCCAGCGCAUCGUGCACGAGUCUGAGGAGCCCAUCACCGGCAUCGAGCUGCGCGUCUCGCCCGACGGCACCAAGCUGACGCUGACCACGCUUUUCGUCGCCACCACCUCCAGGAUCCUCAAGCUCGUCAUCCACGGCAAGGGCCAGGGCUCGCCGCCCAAGACGGUCGAGGACUCGGGCUGCGGCGUCGGCUGCAUGACGGUCGACCGCCGCUCCGGCGACAUCGUCGUGGCCAGGGAUGACGCCAUAUACUACUACACGCUCGAGGGGAGGGGCCCCCCGAGGGCAUACGAGGCUCCCAAGCUGCAGAUCGCCACCUACGGGGACUACCUGGCUGUCGUGUCGCCGCCCGCCUCAUUCCCGCCAGACAUGGAGGGCGACUCGAUGAGCCGCAGGUUCGGAGCCUCGACUGCAGGCUCCAUCUUCAAUGCCUCGACCUUCUCAUUCCUCGAGACGGACCUGAAGCUUGUUGCCCACAGCGAGUCCAUCAUCUCGUCUGUGCAGGCGCUGUUCCAGAUCUGGGGGGGCAUGUUUGUGCUGACCCAAGACGGAAAGGUGACCCGAUAUCAUGAGAAGCCGCUGCAGCAGAGACUGGAAAUGCUGUAUCAACGGAACCUCUACCUCUUGGCGAUCGAGCUGGCACAGAAGUCUGGCCUCGAUUCCCUGCAGCAGAAUGUCAUAUUUCGCAAGUUUGGUGAUCACCUCUAUCAAAAGGGCGACUAUGACGGCGCUAUGGCUCAGUACAUCAAGGCAAUUGAUAGCACUGAGCCGUCGAGGGUCAUUCGAAAGUUCCUCGACACGCAAAGGAUACACAACCUCAUCAGCUACCUCGAGCAGCUGCAUGAGAGCCGCAAGGCUACGUCAGAUCACACCACGCUGCUGCUCAACUGUUAUGCCAAGCUGAAGGACGUGGACAAGCUCGAGGCAUUCAUCAAGUCCCCAGGAGACCUCAAGUUUGACCUGGAUACGGCCAUCUCCAUGUGCAGGCAGGGCGGGUACUUUGAGCAGGCUGCAUACCUCGCGCAGAAGCACGGCGAGACCGACCUGGUGGUCGACAUCCUGAUUGAGGAUUCCAAAAAAUACAGCGAUGCCUUGGACUUUAUAUGGCAUUUUAGUCCAAACAUUGCAUAUCGAUGCCUGAUGAAAUACGCGAGAGUCUUGAUUGAAAACUGCCCGCAAGAUGCCACACAGCUUUUUAUCGACUACUAUACUGGAAAGUACCAGCCGAGGGUCGAUGCUGUCCAGGUCGAUGAAGCGUCGGCCCCGUCUGGCGGGAUUGCUGCCGGGGCCGUGUCGGUCGUGCAGAAUCUCACCCACUUGAUACCCCUUCCAUACAUGAGCACAUCAGCAAGCCCGACGCCGGACAGUCAGGGCGACCUGAAGUCACCUGGGGCAGAGACCUCGGGGGUUAAGCGCCUGCUACCCCAAGUCAUGAUCAAAUACGAGCGCCCAGCGCCCCGAACCGCAUUUUCAUCCUUCAUUGAUCACCCAGACGAGUUUAUCGUGUUUCUCGAGGCCUGUCUCGUUGAGGAGAGCCUGGGCGAGUCAGAAAAAACAGACGUGUACACAACGUUGUUCGAGAUGUAUCUCCACAAGGCGGCCGAGCAAAAGGAUGAAGACAAGCGGGCAGAGUGGGAAAGCAAGGCCAAGUCCCUCAUCUCGGGCAGCGAGAAGCCGAUCGAAAACUCGAGCGUGCUGCUGCUCUCGCACCUGUCCAACUUCCGGGACGGCACCACGUUGGUGAAGGAGCAGUCGGGCCUUCUUUUCGACAUAUUCCGAUCCUACACGUCUGCCAAGGACACGAGGGGUGCCAUCAAGGCGUUGCGCAAGUACGGGCCGGACGAGCCGCAACUGUAUCCGGCGGCGCUGGCUUACCUGACGUCGGAUCAGCAGGUGUUGGCCGAGGCUGGGACCGAGGAGCUUGCGGCGGUGCUGCAGCGCAUCGACAAAGGCGGGCUCAUGGCGCCGUUGCAGGUGGUGCAGACGCUGUCCAAGGGCGACGUGGCCACGGUCGGCAUGCUCAAGCCGUACCUGCGCGAGACCAUCGAGCGCGAGCGCAAGGGCAUCGCGGCCGACAGGCGCCGCAUCGCCUCGUUCCGCUCCGAGACGGCCGAGCGCCGCGCCGAAAUGGCCGACCUCGGCGGCAAGCCCGCCGUCUUCCAGGCGACGCGCUGCAGCGGCUGUGCCCUGGCUCUCGACCUCCCUGCUGUCCACUUUCUGUGCAAGCACUCGUUCCACCAGCGCUGCCUCAAGCGCGGUGGCGCGGCGGCCCAUGUGCGCGACGACGACGUCGACGCUGCGGCGGCCGCGGCGGGCGAGUGCCCCGUCUGCGCAAAGGAUAAUGCCACAAUCAGGGCGCUCAGGCAGGCGCAGGCGGAGAACGCGGGGCGGCACGAGCUGUUCAAGGACGCGCUGGAGCAGAGCGAGGACGGCUUUGCUACCGUGGCGGACUGGUUUGGGAGGGGUGUCAUGAGCGUUCCUAGUGCUGAAUAGGCACUUAUUCAAGCGGUGGACGUGAGCUUGUUGGCGUUGGGAGUGGAGGGAUCGUAGCAUGUACAUGGAACAAGUGCUGAGGCAGGCCCAAGUGACACGAAAACCAGUGUCUAUGAAAGGGGGUAUCUAUCUAUCGAUAUCUAACUCUAUCGCUUUUCAUCCAUCACGGCAUUACAGCGUUUUUUCUAUAUAGACAUUUGCAGAUUGUUUCCGACCAAGAUUCUCACGAACAGCUGUUUCCAAAAAUGGUGUUCAGCCAGCUGCCAACAGACGAGAUGGCUGGUGAGGCG